GCUUUAAUGGAAAGAAAUGAGUUGGAGUGCGAGUUGUGAGCCGUUGUCGGGCUAUGAGUGAAUCCGGCCCAUAAUUGCUCGAGGCAAAAGCAGUUCAUAUAUGGUGUUUGUGACGGGCAUUAAAAACGCUCGACGCAUUCGCCUGUCGGCUGAGAACGCGUUCAGAAGUUCGGCGAUCGUGAGCUAGCCAAAGUGAUAACCAAACGGAAAUAAAUUAAAGGACUAUCAGAGUGUUAAAUGACUUGAUUUUUGGAGUUAAAGAAUCAUCCAAAAUGGCUAAUCUAACCCAGCUCCUCUGCCUGUGCUUAAUGGUGCUAUUUGCCUCUGGAAAUCGUCGCAUUCGUCGGCAGAAUCGCUCUGAUAAGCUGCUUGCUGACAUAGGAGUGCAUCCUCAGUCCUGGAAUCCAAGGGCUUUGGAGAACGGCAUCCAGCAGUAUACUUAUAUCGAUCGCAACCUGCGUCAUCUCUUUCUGGGCACCAGGCAAAUCACCCUGGACUGGGCCCUGGGCCACAUUGAUGCCCUACGCAACCGUGGGCGACGCGAGGGAAAAAUCCAGGAGCGAGUAUCCAAGAAGGUGCCCUUUCCCUGCCCCACAAACAACACACGUUCUUUGAACCCACCCACCUCGAUCGAGCAACUACGUCCCGGCGAUAUAGACAUUAUAGCUGCCUUCGGAGACUCACUCUCAGCUGGAAAUGGUAUCCUUUCCAACAAUGCCAUCGAUAUGAUCAAUGAAUUUCGGGGCCUCACCUUCUCUGGAGGCGGCAUGGCCGACUGGCGACGCUUCGUGACCUUGCCCAACAUCCUGAAGGUCUUUAACCCCAAGCUAUAUGGCUUCUCGGUGAGCAAUAGUUUGGUGGUAAAUCAUCGUCACUCCCGUUUGAACAUUGCCGAGCCGAUGGUCAUGUCGCGUGACCUGCCCUUCCAGGCCCGUGUCUUUAUCGACCUGUUGCGCCGUGAUCCCAAUGUGGACAUGAAGCGCCACUGGAAGCUGCUGACAGUGUAUGUGGGCAACAACGAUGUCUGCUCGGAUCUGUGUCACUGGGAUAAGCCGGAGUCGUUUCUGGAACAGCAUGCUGCCGAUAUGCGUCAGGCCUUUCGAUUGCUAAGAGACAAUGUGCCUCGCCUGCUGAUCAACCUGAUAGUGGUCCCCAACAUUCAGGCCGUGCUGUCCAGUAUGACCCAGUUGCCGUUCCAGUGCUUUGUGGUGCAUCGCAUCGGCUGUCAUUGCCUGGUCGACGAUCGUUUGAACAGCACCCAGCUGCGGGAGCGCCAAGAGACCCUGCUACGUUGGCAGCAGCUGGAUUUGGAGGUGGCUCGCCUGCCCGAGUUCCAUCGGGACGACUUUGCCAUUGUGGCUCAUCCACUGGUGGCGAAUAUCAAGGCUCCCAAGUUGCCCGGCGGCGGCACUGACUGGCGGCUCUUCUCGCACGACUGCUUCCACUUUAGCCAGCGUGGACAUGCGAUCCUGGCGAACUUGCUCUGGAACAGCAUGUUCCUGCCCGACGGACUCAAGCCGCGACCUUCCAAGGUGCCUGAGUUGUUUGAGCAGCUCGUUUGUCCCAGUAGGGAGCAGCCCUUCUUUGUGGUCAGGCCCAGUUGAAGGUCGUAAGGUGAAUUGGGUUACCUUUUAAGGAGGGGAAGUGCACGGGAAAAAAUUGUAAAGAAUUUGUAGAUUAUAAGAAAAAGGACUGGUAGGUUUUGUAAUACUUAUUGUGGGGAAGAAAGUAAGGAUUAUAGAUAGGACAUCUGCAGGAUUGCAGGUUGUAUUUAUUUGAAAAUAUAAUAAAAUAUUUAAAUCAAGGGUUUAAAUAUGUGGGAAACUGUGAGUUUGUCUAGUUUUGAGCACCGAAUUCAACAAAACAAAUUUAUGUUAUAAUUUAUUUUAUGUAAUUUAAUUAUAGGCAUAAGAUAGUGUAUAGAUAUGCGAUGCAUAAUAAAAGUACGAUACUGUAUAGGGUA